AUGUGAGUGUCUUGCCUGUGUUGGUGGAUUAUUAACAGAGGUUAUUGGUCUCCAUGGCAAAAUUAUUGCUCUGCGCAUAAUCUCAUUUAUGGAGUGCAGGAAAAAAAAAAGGACUUCAGGUCAGGGAGAAUGUAUAAAUGUCCAUCGUCAUCAGGGGUGUGCUACAUCUGAGAAGCAGAAGCAACUCCAAGGACACAGCUCACAGGCUGAUUUGGCUCUCAGCUCCAAAAUACGGAUUGAACUGGGGACAUUUACAAGGACGCUCUGGCUGAUAACUCUGAAGAGACCCCGUGAAGGAGGCGCUGAAGAGCCUUGUAUCGCAGACCUGUAUUGUGCUUCCCCAAUAUGUGCACGGGGGGCUGCGCCAAGUGCCUAGGGGGCACCCUCAUCCCCCUCGCCUUGUUUGGCUUCCUGGCUAACAUCCUGUUAUUCUUCCCUGGAGGAAAAGUGAUAGACAAUAACGACCACCUUUCUGAAGAGGUCUGGUUUUUCGGAGGAAUAUUAGGAAGCGGGGUCUUGAUGAUUUUCCCUGCACUGGUGUUCCUGGGCCUGAAGAACAAUGACUGCUGUGGAUGCUGCGGCAACGAGAGCUGUGGGAAGCGCUUCGCGAUGUUCACCUCCACUAUAUUUGCUGUGAUUGGAUUCUUGGGUGCUGGAUACUCAUUUGUCAUCUCAGCCAUCUCCAUCAACAGGGGUCCUAAAUGUCUCAUGGACAAUAGCACGUGGGGCUACCCCUUCCACGAUGGGGAUUACCUCAAUGAUGAGGCGUUAUGGAGCAAGUGCCGGCAGCCUGCCGAUGUGGUUCCCUGGCAUCUGACCCUCUUCUCCAUCCUGCUGGUCAUAGGCGGAGUCCAGAUGCUUCUCUGUGCCAUCCAGGUGGUCAACGGCCUCCUGGGGACCCUGUGCGGAGACUGCCAGUGUUGCAGCUGUUGUGGGGGAGAUGGACCAGUUUAAAUCUCCUUGGUGAGCUGUUCUAACUCGACGGCAGUUGGGACGUUACACUAAACUCAUUCUUCUUUCUGGGGAUGGCACUCCCCAUCUGCUUCCCUGACAAAGUUUAGGGACAGCGGAACUAUCCUUUCCACUUUCCAAGACAGCUUAGCUCACGGCUUAGCUCAACUUAGAUGUUUAUGCUAUUUUCAAAUAAAAAAUUGUUUGGCCACUUCA